UACGAGUAUAAGGAGUGACUGUUUGAAAUGCUGCUCCCUUGAAGAACAAAAUGACUUCAACGAAUCAACAAGAUGUUUGAAUUAUAUAAUAACUUGAUAAGAAUAUUAAAAAAACAAAAGAGGAUAAUAUCUUAACUAAAUAUUUGAAUUCGAUAACCAACGAACUUUAAACAGAAUUGAUUUUGAAAGUGCGGCCAAUUGAUUAAAUAUGUCGACAUCCACAUACAUUUUGUGUUUACAGUGUUGAAAAUUGCGAAACUCAACUUCAACAUCUACUCCAAACCCUAACACCUAGCAAAAAAAACUCGUUCAGGUGUACGUACGGGAAAUAUCCUUAACCAUCACGUGCUUCAAAUAUCCAUUCAUUUAUGACGUUAUUACCGCCAAUUUUAAUCCCGCCCACGCUUACAGCACUUGAAUUGAAUUGAAUUAUCGAUGAUUAUCAUAUCAUAUAUUCAUAUAUAUCAUUAUCAAUAUCAACUUACACGCUUCUUUUCUUAUCUUAAAUUCUUCUUCAAAAGAGAGAAAUCAUCACACUUCACAUUACUCAUUAAGUUUGCACUCAUAUCAUAUCACACCACACAAAAUGAAUUGGGUUCGCGGAGCCUCUAUUGGCCGUGGAAGCUUUGCCACCAUCAACAUCGCCAUUCCCACAAACGAUUCCACUCACUUUCCUUCUCCUUUUGUCGUCAAAUCCUCCAACACUCACACUUCCCACAUGCUCAACAACGAGAAACAUGUCCUCCACAACCUAGGAUCUUCCCCAUACAUAAUCACCUGUUUCGGCGACGACCACACCGUCGAAAACGGCCAAGAGUUCCACAACCUUUUCCUCGAGCACGCCGCCGGAGGUUCCCUCGCCGACCACCUCGACAACCACGGCGGCAGGUUCCCGGAGCCACACGUGCGGCGAUACACGAGGACCAUAGCAGAAGCUCUGAAGCACGUGCACGCGCGCGGCUUCGUCCACUGCGACGUGAAGCUCCAGAACAUUCUCGUUUUCGACGAGGGCAACGUUGUUAAGAUCGCGGACUUCGGGCUCGCGAAGGCGAGAGGGGAGAAAUAUGCGAAGAGCGAGUGCAGGGGGACGCCGCUGUUCAUGUCGCCGGAGUCGGUGAACGACAACGAGUACGAGCCGCCGGCGGAUGUGUGGGCCCUCGGCUGCGCCGUCGUGGAGAUGGUUACCGGAAAACCUGCAUGGGAGGUUGGCAGCGGGUCGAAUAUAUGGUCGUUGUUGAUUCGAAUUGGGGUGGGAGACGAGUUGCCGAAGAUUCCAGAAGAGUUGUCGCAAGAGGGGAAGGAUUUUCUUGGGAAGUGUUUCGUUAAGGAUCCGAAGAAGCGGUGGAGCGCUGAGAUGCUUCUCAACCACCCUUUCAUUGCCCAUCAAUAUGAUCACACUGUUUCAUUAGACAAAGUGAAGGACCCGUUACCGUCACCGAGUACCCACUUCGAUUUUCCUCACUGGGCUUCCACCCCAACGCUUUCUCUUCCUUCUUCCCCGGAUUGGUCAGAAUCCGACGGAUGGAUUAAUGUUAGAUGAAGUUGCAGUUUUGAUAACGGAUUAUUCUUCGUCACGUUAUUUAGUUUUGUUGUGAAUUAAGUUGGAACAGAACUUAUUGCCGCCACCUUUGGCCAACUGUA